AUGAGCACACACGAUCUCGCCGCCGUGGCCCGCGCCCUGGUCGCCGAGGGCAAAGGCAUUCUGGCCGCCGACGAGAGCACCGGAACGAUCACGCGGCGACUCGACACCAUCAACGUCGCCUCGACGGCGGACAACCGUCGUGCCUAUCGCGAGCUGCUGUUCACCACGCCGGAGGUGGAGGCGUACAUCAGCGGCGUCAUCCUGUACGACGAGACGAUUCGGCAGGAAAGCAGCGACGGCACCCCCUUUCCGGCGUUGCUGGCCGGGCGCGGCAUCAUGCCGGGCAUCAAGGUGGAUACCGGCACCUCGGAUCUGGCGGGAUUUCCGGGUGAGAAGAUCACCGACGGCCUCGACGGCCUCGCCAAACGGCUGGACGAGUACCGUGAAAUCGGCGCGCGGUUCGCCAAGUGGCGGGCGGUGAUUACGAUUGGCCCCGGCUACCCGACGGCGUACGGCAUCGCGGUCAACGCGCAUGCCCUGGCGCGCUACGCGGCGCUGUCGCAGCAGGCUGGGUUGGUGCCGAUCGUCGAACCCGAGGUGCUGAUGGACGGCGAUCACACCAUCGAGCGCUGCGCCGAGGCUACCCUGGCGACCCUGCACCGUGUAUUCAACGAGUUGCACGAGCACCGAGUCGGGUUGGAGGGCAUCCUGUUGAAGCCCAACAUGGUGCUAUCAGGCAAGGACUGCCCGCAGCAAGCCGGCGUGGAGGAAGUGGCGACGGCGACCCUGGAUUGCUUCCGCCGGACCAUCCCGGCAGCGGUGCCGGGCAUCGUGUUCCUCUCCGGCGGCCAGAGCGCCGUACAGGCCACCGAGCACCUCAACGCCAUGAAAACGCGCGCGGCGGGCAUCCCUGGGAGCUCAGCUUCUCAUACGGACGGGCGCUGCAAGGGCCGGUUCUGGAGGCUUGGCAGGGGCAGGCGGCCAACGUGCCCACCGCCCAGAAGUUCUUCCAGCAGCGCGCCCGAUGCAACGGCGCGGCGCGUUACGGCAAAUACGCCGAGCAUAUGGAACAAGCCGCUUGAAGCGCUCCGCUAA